GUCGUAAAAUUCCAUAAAUACAAGGUCUGCACAGAUACACCGACACUAAAAGACUACAACGACACAACGACACAGCACCGCUACAUAUAUAUUCUACAUCCCACGCGUCUUCUUUCCAGCCCAAAAUCAAUCACGAUCACGUCGGGCUGUCACGUGCAGCGCUCUGCCACCUCUUCCCCAGCGGGACGCGAUGCCGCCGCUCGAACGGGCCGCCGACAGCGCGGAUGCCGCGUUCCCAGACUUGCAGAUGCACCGCUGCAG